AGUUAGAAAGUACUUUCAACACGGACGCUAAGAAUUUUCCUGACUUUUUACUGUUCGUUUUGAGGAUUUUGCGAAAAGAGAUUAACGAAAGAUUAACCGGAAGAUUUGCUUACAAGACAAAGGCAAGAUCAACUGCAUUGAGCAGACCUCCUCUUCUGUGUGACCUUGGACAAGACGCUUGACUCAUGAUGAUGUCACCCUGCCACAGUGACUGCGGCAUGAUGAGUAUGUCGGAGCCUACCAGUCCGCUGCUGUCUCCCCACGGGAAGAGUAAAGCAGGCGAUCGCCUCCUCGACAUCCCAUGUAAAGUGUGCGGGGACAGGAGUUCCGGCAAGCACUAUGGCAUCUACAGUUGCGACGGUUGCUCCGGCUUCUUCAAGCGCAGCAUCCACCGCCAUCGUGUCUAUACGUGUAAGGCCCAGGGUGACGGCAAGGGACGGUGCCCCAUUGACAAAACACAUCGGAACCAGUGCAGGGCUUGCAGGCUCAAGAAAUGCUUCGACGCUGAUAUGAAUAAAGAUGCAGUUCAACACGAGCGAGGCCCACGUAAACCAAAACCAAAACACUCCGACCAAAAUGGCAGGUUAACACCGCUAUCCAUGAAAGGUGACCUCGAGAGCCCCAUCGACCUCAGCCUCUCCUCCAAAUCAUCGGACUCAAUGUCUCCACCUAUAUUCCCCGAGCCGAUCGUCUCCCCGACCUUCCUUCACACUCUCAUGGCCGCGGAGCGAGUACAGGAGAACCCAGUCACCUGUAGUUUCGACCCCUACAUCAAGGGAGAGCCAUCUGCCUUCCAGGUGCCGUCACACCCACAUUUGACGGUCAGGGAGUCGCUCCAGGAGGUUACGGCCAGGAUGCUGUUUGCGAUUGUCGGAUGGAUUAAGCAGGUCCCGUCGUUUAAGUCUCUGCCAAGUCGGGAUCAGAUCAUCCUUCUGGAAGAGUCGUGGCGUGAUUUGUUCCUCCUCAACCUAGCGCAGUGGAGAGUUCCACUUGACGUGCAGGCCGUCAUGGAAUGUGCUAACAUCUCGCGAGAAACGACUUCCAGCGAGAAGUUAGCAAGCACGGUCUCAGAUGUACGCUAUAUCAAGGACGUGGUGGGACGGUUUGCCCAGUUCAACGUAGACGUGACGGAGUACGCCUGCAUGAAGGCAACCAUUCUAUUCAGACCAGAAACAUUUGGUCUCCGCGAUCCAGCCACGGUCGAGGCCUACCAGGACCAGUCACAAGUCAUCCUCGGGGACUACACCCGGCGUGUCUACCCCGGCCAGCCGACCAGGUUCGGGAAGUUACUUCUGAUGCUGCCCUCCCUCCGCGGGAUCAGCUGCCACGCUAUAGAGAGGCUGUUCUUCAAAGAGACGAUCGGGGAUAUUCCAAUCGACAGACUGAUUUGUGAUAUUUAUCAGGGAGAGAGGAUGCAGUGACUGCAAGACUUUCGAUCAACAUUUGGACAAAGGACAUUCGAACCAUCAUAAAAUAUAUGUUCACAUUCAAACGAUUCAUACCCCGAAACACGACUCAACUUUGACUGAUUUUUAAACGAAUUAUCCACCAUUCACCACUGUUCUCGAAUGUUUAUUAAUUGUGAGACAAAAAGAGAAGUAGAGAAGCAGCCCACAUUCCCACCUGGACUCUAGCGCAGUCGAGAACUACGACGUUCCGUGACCGCCAACACAGCUCGACAUGAAGGGCGCGUGAAAUAAAGUGCAAAUUAUUCGUUCAACGCCCUUUUAGCAUGUUUAGAGCAAAAACAAUCUAUCUGACGUUUUGGCUCUGUUUUCAACGCCAUUUUCGAGCGAUCAAACAAUCUAUCUUACGUUUUGGUUCAGUUUUCAACGCCAUUUUCGAGCGAAAACAAUCUACCUGGCGUUUCGUCUCUGUCUUCAACGACCUUUUAGAGCGAUCAAACAAUCUAUCUGUCGUUUUGGCUCAGUUUUUUCAAAACACAAGGAGGUUAUCCAAACUGUGGACCAUUUGAGGGGGACUCGGAAAUAUAGCAAUUGUUUUGUAAAUAUCGUGGCUAGUGCAAUUAUGUUUUUGGAAGAAUUUGUAUGUAAAUAUUCGAUUGAAUUAAUAUAUGGAAAAAUAUAUGUAUUUUAUAAGAGACUUAAUUCUAGUGAUUAUAUCGCAGUGUACAAUGUACUAUGGUCCUCUUUUAACUGGACGAUACAGAUGCGACGUUCCUUGACCAGUCGUUAGAUGGUGC